CCCUCCAAUUUCUUCUCUUCUUCUUGUCUCUUCUUGUUUUUUUCUCUCUCUUCCUCCGCAGCUAAGCUUCAGCUUGGAGGGUCCAUGGUCCACUUUCUGGAUCUCACCGUCACCGCCACCGUCACACCUUCUCAAUGCUUCUUCAACCUCUCCUCUUCCCCGUGACUCACUGGCGCGGGAAAAUACCUCUUCCUCCCCAACCUUCUCGUUUCGAUCUCGAUUCUGCCUGAGAUUCUUCUCUCUCUGUUCCCGAGUUUUAGGGUUUUGACGAAGACCGGGUAGCACGCGCGCUCACGACGUCGUUUCGUUUGAACGCGAGGCAUGAUGCCGGGACACCGCUCGAAGUCGGAGAAGCAUGACGGCGGCGAGAAGCAGCUCCGACGGGACCCCUACGAGGUCCUUGGGGUCUCGCGCAACUCUACGGAUCAGGAAAUCAAAACCGCGUACCGAAAAAUGGCGCUCAAAUAUCAUCCGGACAAGAAUGCAAAUGAUCCUAAAGCAGCUGAUAUGUUUAAAGAGGUUACCUUUUCUUAUAAUAUCCUCUCAGAUCCUGACAAACGGCGUCAAUAUGACUCGGCUGGCUUUGAGGCUGUUGAAUCAGACAACCAAGAGUUGGAGUUAGAUCUUUCAAGUUUGGGGGCUGUCAAUACAAUGUUUGCAGCGCUUUUUAGUAAACUUGGUGUGCCAAUUAAGACAACUGUAUCUGCAUCUGUUUUGGAAGAGGCACUCAAUGGUUUAGUGACCAUUCGUCCGCUUCCAUUAGGUCAUUAUGUAUCUAAAAGGGUUGAGAAGCAAUGUGCACACUUCUAUUCAGUUACAAUAACAGAAGAGGAAGCACGAGCUGGAUUUGUUUGUCGAGUACAUUCAUCAGACAAAAGCAAGUUCAAGUUACUAUAUUUUGAUCAGGAAGACAAUGGUGGUUUAAGUCUUGCACUCCAGGAAGACAGUGCAAAAACAGGGAAGGUUACCUCUGCUGGGAUGUUCUUUCUUGGGUUUCCUGUUUAUAGAUUGGACCAAACAAUGAACUCUAUAGCUGCUGCUAAGGAUCCAGAUACAUCGUUUUUCAGAAAGCUGGAUGGGUUUCAGCCUUGUGAAUUAAAUGAAUUGAAGGCUGGUACCCAUGUAUUUGCUGUUUAUGGUGACAACUUUUUCAAAAGUGCAAAUUAUACAAUAGAAGCCCUAUGUGCUGCACCUUUUAGUGAAGAAAAAGAAAAUUUAAGAAGUAUAGAAGCUCAAAUCUUGUCUAAAAGGGCCGAAAUAUCAAAGUUUGAGGCAGAAUAUCGAGAGGUUCUGGCUCAAUUCUCAGAGAUGACAAGUAGAUAUGCACAUGAAAUUCAAUCAAUUGACGAACUACUGAAGCAUAGGAAUGAAAUACAUGCAUCAUACACUAUUACUCCCUUUAAACGGAGUACAAGUAAGAGCAGAAGUAAAAGUUCUUCCAAGGAAAACAAAGAAGAUGGCCAAACAAGAGAGAAGAGGAAUACAAGAGAUCGGCCAAAGAAGAAGAAAUGGUAUAACAUCCACUUAAGAGUCGAUAAGAGAAAGGCUUGCUAAGGUGAGAAUUGGAAAAUUAAGAAUUCCACUGUAAAACUAUAAUCAGUUGAUCUGGAUCCUUUUGAUUGUUUAGUCGUACAAGUUAAAGAAGAAGCCCUUGACAAAGCAAUAUAAAAUAUUGUUGGAAGGUUUUCAGUCUAUCACUCAAGCUUGUCAGGGAUGACAACAACUCAUUGUUUAUGUAUAAAUCCAUUUCCCCUUUCCUUUUAUUUCUCUCCAUGUAGCUCAUCUUAAGAAUUCGUACUUGUAAAUUGUUUGAUUUAUUGAUGAAGAAUGAUUAACUCUCUGCGGCUUGUAAUUUUGUUUACAAGUAAUGGCAAAUCAUUGGAGAAUAGGGUCAUGUAUUUUCUUGCUUAA